CAAAUUUUGAUGGAAAGAGGGUAACACUAAUAAUAGCAAGUCUUGGUUUGUAGUUUGGAUUCUAACCUUUCUUAACUCAGGUAGUUUGCUACAGAAUUCAAAGCUUGUUAACAUGGGGACUGAAACUAACAAAGAUGAUCGUAGUACGCCAGAGUACUUAGCCCAGUUACUUAAAGAUAAAAAACAAAUACAAGCUCUUCCAAACGUAUUCGUUCAUGUGGAAAAGCUUUUAGACGAAGAAAUUAAUAAAGUAAGAAUCUCCCUCUUUCAUCACAAAUCCAACAGAGAACCAUUAGAAUUACCCACAAAUGAAGGAGCAGUUGUGACAUUAUCAGAAAAAAUAUAUGUUCCUGCAAAAGAACAUCCAGAGUUUAAUUUUGUGGGUCGGAUAUUGGGUCCGCGGGGUAUGACAGCUAAAGAGUUAGAACAAUAUACAGGAUGUAAAGUUAUGGUUCGGGGUAAAGGCUCAAUGAGGGAUAAGAAAAAGGAAGAACAAAAUCGGGGUAAAGCAAAUUGGGAACAUUUAAAUGAAGAAUUACAUGUACUAAUAACAGUUGAAGACACAAGGAAACGUGCUGAAUUAAAAUUACAGAAAGCAACAGAAGAAGUUAAAAAGUUAUUAGUACCAGCACCUGAUGGUGAAGAUGAUUUAAAGAAAAGACAACUGAUGGAGUUAGCCAUCAUUAAUGGCACAUAUCGUGACACAUCGAAACCGGCCACAGCUACAUCACAACCAGUCACUCCGAGUCAAGCUCCCAGGUUCAUGGGUCCACCUUUAACAGUACAACAAGCCGCUCAAUUACGAACAGGGACACCGACCGGAGCCCCACUUAUUCUCGCACAACGCAUGCCAAAUAUUGCCACAAGUACUGCUGGAAUGAUGAAUGGUCAACCACCACCAUUAAUAUCACCAACAGAUGGGGGAUUAAUGUAUAACCCUUAUGAGUAUCCAUUCGCCUAUGCACCCGCUGCACAUAUAUUAGAGUACCCAUCAGGAUUUGAACAAGCUGCUGCUGGUGCUGUACCGAAAAUAAGACGAACAAUAGCUGGAAUGCGAGAACACCCUUACACUAGGGUCACAACGCUUCCAUAAAAAUGGAAGCUGGCAACUAACAAACCCUGGUCACAAAGUCCAUCCCUGUUGUGGCUUUUUGAGGGCUAGCCGACACUGCACAUCUCACAUCAUCUACAGUAUUAGGAGAUCGGGCCAUGAAAUCAGUCGCUGUACUCUACAUCACUAAUGCCUUGACUGGGAACUGUUUUAAUUCUUUGGACAGUUGUUUGAAAGGUGCCUCACGAGGGCAUCCUGCCAGCAGCUAAGUGCCUGUAUUAAUUUGACUGGUUACUAAUGUUGCUGUGAAGUUCGUCUCAUCUCUGUAGGACUUAUAUUUAAAUAUAUAUUUAUACUGUAAAUUAUGUUAGAUUUUGUUAGAAAUCGGCACCUAGUUUAAUCAAAACUUUCAUGCAUAUCUUUUUUGUUAAAUAUAAAUUAUCAUUUUUUCUUUUGUAUCAUUUAGAAGAGGGAUUUUUUUGUACAUAGUUCUAUUUUUACUUUAAAUCAUGCGAACAAAAAAGAAUUAUUAUAGCAUAAUUUGUAAAUUUUACAUGAGGAUGAAUAAGCUUUGUACAGGAUUGAUAUUUUGUCCUAUAUGGAAUCUCAAUAUGAAAAAAUCAGCCUAUACAAAGUUGCAUAAUUCUACUGCUGUUUGAUAUUAUAUUAUAUACUGUCAUAUGUUACAUAUUAAAAUAUACUCUUGUACAACUCCAGAGAUGAGAAGCGCACACCAGUAGAAUCUUUUUCAAAUUCUAUGAUGAAUAUUAACUAAUUACUGUAUGUAGUCUCAAUUUAAUUAUUUAAUGCCAAAAUUAAUUAGAUCUUCAUUAUAUAUGGCUGAAAGAUAAUUUGAUACCGUAGAUGAUAUGAUUGUUUAAAAAUAUUAUUCAUCUUUUGUUAGACCGGUUUUGUCUAUUAUUUUCACACUGAUCAUGGCUCAAAAGAUAGAAUGAAUAAUAGAAUUUUAAUAAGUAAUUACUCUUUUUCUCUUAAUUUAGCUACGGUUGUAUUAGAUAUUAAUUGCUUCAUAUCAUCAAGGUAUCCAAUCAGUCAAUCUAAAGUAUUAACAUGUCAGUUUAAUAUCUUGUUUCAUUAUAACUGUUAAUAUAUUUUUUUGUUAACCAGAUCUAUUUGUUGAUGGUAACCCUGUUAUAUUUUUAUUAAUGUUAGAUUGCUUUAUAUUUAAAAUUCAAUUCUCUGCAGCUGGCUUCAGAUUUAUAAUUUUCCACCUUUUCCACACUGUGUCAGAGAACUUUGUAUCAUUCAAAUUUACAACCCGAACAACAUGUAAUCAAUGAGAACUAUUCUUUUUUUUCCGAGAGAAAUUUGAAAACAAGCUGAAACAUAUUAGAAUAUUCUUAUAUUGGAAUCUUUCCAACUGGUUUUGUUUGUGGUACAUGCUUUAAAAUUUACAAAGAAAAACAUUAAGAGUUUAGUUUAUGGCUUUGAUUAGAAGUUCAGUGUAAACUGGAGCUAGCUGCUGAUUAGCUUGAAUCUCAAACUGGCAUGCAAGAAAAUAUAUGGCAUAUGCCAAAACUAGAAUUAUAUUUCUAAUACUGAUGACUCUUCCUCACACCUUUUAUAUUAUAUCAUUAACAUACAUGAUUUAAGGCAAGUGUGUUGUAACAUAUCAUUAUAGUGCUGUUAUGGUGAGAAUAUCGAGGGAGUAAAUGAAAAAAAGACUUUCUGAUGACCUUAUGUGUGAUAUGAUUGUACUUAAAAGUAAGACAUAUCUAUGCAAUCUACAAUCCCGCCCAUCAACAGCUAAUUGCCCAGCAUAUCUGAGAUCUUAAUGUUGCCCUACCCCUUCUCGGAAUGGGCAUUCUUACACUCUGGGGUUCAAUAUUUUAAUUAGCUUAUAUUCUGGAGAAGUUCGUUCAUUAAUCUCAAGAUUUCAUCAAAUGAAUUAUUAUUUUAUAUUGUACACAUCUCAUUUUGUAUUUUUUGUAGCGUUUGUAUAGCUAUGCAUGUAAUUAUGCAGGGUUCGUAAAUAGGGAGGACUUGAACAUUUUAAUAUGUCCAGAGAUUAAUGACUUAAAAGUCUUCCAAUGAUCAUUUUGUAUAUGCAUAGUAUUAGAACAAACUUGAUCCUGUAUAUACUCAAACUAUAGGCAUCUUUGCGAAGAUGCUGUCAAUAUAUGUGAUGUUAUAGUACUUAAAGGACGUCACUAUGGUGUUGUGUGCUCUAGAGGUUUGGCAUUGUGUGUAUUGUCUCAUAAUGACCAACCUUCAUAUGUUUUAUUGCUCAGAUAUUACGCCAUGUACCUGUGUAAUGGCACCUUGUGUAUAAAUGUCUUGCAGAACUGUGAGAUUGGUGUGGUAAUUGCCAAAUUUGGACAAGUUUCCCCCCCCCCCCUUUUCUUUCCUCUUUCUCUUUGUAUAUUCAAAUGUGUAAUUGAAGUGCGUUUAAUGUGAUGCCCUCCUCUUAGCAAAAUAUGACUUCCAUGAACGGAAUUAUCUAACAAUGUGCCUUACCUGCAUGGAAUAUUAUAGGAAUCAAGCCAUAAGAUAACUGGCUUUGCAUAUUUUUGUACUUGAAUUGUAACUGUAAUUUGUUGAUGCUUUUCAUAUACUACUAAGUACAUUAUAAAAUCUUGUGUAUCGUUUAUUUAUAUAUAAUUGAAUAUCUUAGGUAAGUGAAUGUUUUCCAUGUGCAACACGUCAAAAUGUUCAGCAUAAUAUUUAAGUUAACUAACUGUUUUAUCGGCUUUGGGCAGGAGAUAUUAUUAAUUAAUACAUUUACUGCCUGAAAUUUGAGGGAAUCUCAUUUCUUAUAAUCAUAUUUUACCAUACAGUUCUACUAAUAAUUUGUCACUUGAAAUACUCCAGUCACUUUCUUCCAUCCUGCUAAAACAUUUACUAUUUACUUGAAUAAUAUUGGACUAAUAGUAUCUCCUUGUGUAACCUCUAUCUUAAUCUAAUCUCAAUUAAACAUAUCUUCCUCUAUUGGAAACACUUGAAUCAGAUUAUAUUUGUAAGGGUUUUUGAGUGAUUGAUAUUUAAUGGGGGGUAUUUACAAAUUCUGCUCAAUUAACUUAAAUGAACUUAUUUUAAAAAAAUGAGAUAUUUUAUAAGUUGGUUAUUAACAAGCAGUAUGGAAGUUUGUUUAAUGGUGGUGUUAAUAGUUCAAGAUAUAUUAACACUGUUUGCAUCAUUCAUUAUUAACCACUCAAUUGCUACAGCUUUCAUUUAACAAUUGGCCAAUUUUUUUUUGUACCUUCGUACUUAUAUUAUUAUUACUACUAUUAUUAUUAUAUACAGCAAUAAAAUGUUUGUAGCCCAAAGAAUCCCUUUCUUCUUUUUCCAACUAACUCAAUAAAACAAGUAUUUUGUUGUGUUGUAAAUACUUUGAAGCUGGCAUGAUACAUUUCUGGUUUUGUGUGGUUUGAGGUUGAUGUAUUUUUGUCUAACAAACUACAUAUUGUUGGUAUUUUUUAUAUGUGAGCAGAUUUUUUUUUUAUCUCAGUAACAUUGACUAACUCUUCAACACAAAUGACUACCCAAACUAGAAUCGCACAAGUAAUUCCCAGGUACAUGUAUAUAGUUUUAUGAUCAAGUUUCAUUACUUGAAAGUCAUUUUAUGCCUUUUUGCUUGGUAGUUGGUAGCCAAUACUUGACAACUAAAACAAUAAUUAACAUUAGAGCUGUUUCUAUUAAUCUAACAAGUGCCUUAUAAUACAUACAUUAACAACGUGAUGGUUAUUAUUUACAUUAAUACUGAGGGAAAACUUGUCCAAAGUCUGCCUUAAUAACAAAAUAGGGUUUGGACUCAUCUUGCCAUUAUGUGAUUGUUUCUUCUUGUUUUUUUUUUUUUGUUUUUUUCAUUUUGAGACUUGCUCAAUUGCUCAAAUUGUUGUAUAUGACAUAAUACAUACUAAAUGACUAUGUGCUUCUUGUAUGUAGGGAAUUUUUCUCCUUUUUUUAAAUAUUUAUCCAUGACAUGGUUUAUACAUAUUGACUUUUUACAUAUAGUUAGCUCUGGUAUGGUUGGCACUCUUUCAAAGCAUAAUUUUUCUAUUCUCAAUUUUUAUAUACAUUUAUAUAUAUUUUAAAAAAAGAAUCUCAAUUAUGAACCGUGCAACCAUAAUAGAUUAAAAAAAAUUCUGUGGUCUUUUAUAUUGAUCAGUUGUUAAUGUCAAAGAUUAAAAAUGUAAGUAAUAUUUGCGAAUUAACCAGGGUUUUAUUUAUUGGGUUACUAGUAACCUUGAAUUGCUGUUGAAUUGGUAAUUUCCUCGUCCUUUUUAAAAAUUAAAUCCACAAAAUUAAUUUUAUGGAAGUAAAUAAGAUGCUCAUUAAAAAAAAUCUCUUAAUUUUAAUUCUAAAUAGUUAAUUGAUCAACAGUAAGAUAUAAGAUGAAAUUUUAAAUAGAUAAUUUAUUUCUGAAGAAUUAAUAUUUUAUAGUGAGAUAUAGGGCCUUUUUUUUAAAAAAAAAUGAAAUAAUCCUAUUCGGUUAUGUUUUACUAUCGUGUGUUCUACCUCAUAUGUUGAACCCAGGAUUCUUUCAUUAAUCUGUUAUUGCGCGGCCAAUUAUACCAGAGAUGUUUAGGUGCUUCCAGUCGCUCAUAAUUUUGUUAAUGUCGACCAGUAUUUACUAAAGUGUAUAUAGUACAUAAUGAACUAAGCUAUAUAUCGUUGGUUUUAAUCGUGUAUUUUUUUGCGCCCAGUAUUGUGGGGAUAUAUUCGACCCUAUUUAUCACAAGCCAGCAACUUCAAGGUUAUCAACGAAUAAAGUGUAUGCUGCAAUGUUA